AUCCGAAUCAAUUGCUAGAGCCAUCUAUUCCGAGGGACCGGGAUCAUGUUCGAAUGCCGUUCGACCCACACAAUGUAUACAAAACGAACAGUACUCUGAAUUUUCUAGCGAGAUACGUAACCGAUUCUUCACGAUGGGAACUCAUCCAAAAAUCACUGUGGAGGGAACAUUCUAGCAGCAAAAAUCUGGAACAUGCCAUCUUAACAUAUAACCAGGACAUUAAACAUCAGCGAUUCAAAUCAUUGCACGCAUUUUUCGAAAAACUUGAUGAGAACGAAUCCAAAUCAUUUUUCAAUCAAACAUUGCCGGCAAUGAUCGAGCUUGCAUUGCAGUUGCCCGAAAUUAUUAAAAGUACUAUUCCACUGUUGAAGCAAGGUCAAAACCAAUCGAUAUCGUUGAGCCAAAAGCAAAUCGCAUGUUUAUUGGCAAACGCUUUUCUAUGUACAUUUCCGCACCGCAAUGAAUACCGUAGGGGAGAGUAUCGAAGCUAUCCGUCAAUAAAUUUUGGUGAAUUGUAUGCGGCCGAUGGUGAUCAGACGAUCGAGAAGAUAAGAUGUAUCUACAAUUAUUUCCGACGAGUUUGUUCACAGAUGCCCACCGGUGUCGUGACAUUCACGCGGCGCUCAAUACCUGAUGAAGAGCUUCCACAAUGGGAUCAGAUUGAGAAGACCUUUUCCGGCACACAACUGCACGUGACGAACGAUGGUAAGAUUGAGAAUGAUGGUAAAGGUCUGUUGCAGGUUGACUUUGUGAAUAAAUUUGUGGGCGGUGGUACGCUCGGCCGUGGCUGUGUUCAAGAAGAAAUCUUAUUCGUGAUCUAUCCCGAACUGAUAUGCAGUCGAUUGUUUACUGAACGCUUUGGCAACAACGAAUGCAUGAUUAUUGUUGGCUGUGAACGAUUUAACAACUAUGAAGGCUAUGCGUCAACAUUUAAAUGGACUGGCGACUGCAAUGAUGAAACGCCGCUUGAUUUGUGUCGACGCAGAAAGAGUGCAAUUGUUGCAAUUGAUGCCGAAAAUUUUUCAAAUAAAGCGCAACAGUAUCAAAAAGACAUGCUGAAGUGUGAAUUGAAUAAGGCAUUCAUUGGUUUUAAAUACGAUAUGUCGGGUCGAGCUCCAGGUGUGACCACAGGAAAAUGGGGCUGUGAUAUUUUUGGAGGUGAUAAACACCUCAAGUCACUACUUCAGUUGAUGGCAUGCUGCAUUACAGAUCGUCCACUCGUGUAUUACACAUUCGGUGACGAUCAGCUUCGAAGCGACCUGCUAAGGAUCCACGAAUUCUUAGUGAUGCAAGGAGUGCAAAUUGGUGAACUGUUCACAUGUCUAUGCCAUUACAAUGAAAAUGGUGGCGAAGCUGAUUUGUAUCAAUUCAUCAUCGAAUACUUCACCACUCGCUCUGAAUCAGGCAUCAACGAUCAAUCGUUUAUACCACCAUCUGAGGAUUGUGACGAUUUCGGGGAAUAGAAUAUCGAUGAUGACAUUGUAAUUAGUAUCGAUAAUGAAGAGAAAAUGUUAAUUGAAUUCUGAAAUCCAAAUUUUGCCUUACAAAAUUUGAGAUGCAUAUAUAUGACCAAUAAACGGGAAGGGAUAGUAAAAUCUACAUGAUAGGAGCGAGAUUUCAUUGCAUGAGAUGAAAAUAAAUAAAAAAUGAAAAUUGGUGUAUGCUUCGACGAUUUAAUUAUAUUCAGAUUCUGUUUUAAGCAUUAAGUUUUUGAAAUUUCAUUCAUUUUCACAUUCAAG